GCGACUUACAAGUGGGGAAUACAUCAAGCGAUUUGUCCUAAAGAGGCAAAACGACUUAGGAAGUGCUCAUAAUACCAUAUAGCAGGCGUUGUUCAGAUUUUACACAUUCAGGUGCACUUGUUCCAAAGUUAAUCAUAAACUUGUAAACGUGCCUGAUCUACCUGAACUAAACGGGGUUGGAUCACUGGUUUGUUCUGUUUCUUGUUGGAACACUCUGAAGAGGAGAGUCGAGGAUCAGAGACUGUCAGAAAACGAAAUGACAACUACAAUGAAACAACCAGACACCAAGCACAUUUUGGCAAUAUUUGUGGCUGCAUCUAGUACUCUAUGUGUAGCAACAUGCCCAGAAAACCAUUUCCGGCUUCAAGAAUCGCUGUGCUGCUUGAACUGCCCAGAAGGCAUGUAUGUUGCCCGGAACUGUUCUGGAGGACCCAAAACCUACAUUGGUGUGGUAUGUACUCAAUGCCUCAGAUGUGAAGAAAUUGGAGAGGAAACUGUUUCCCAGUGCACACAGUUCUCAAACACAGAGUGUGCAAAAAAAGUGCCACAAAUAACUUUGAAUGGUUCCUCAUAUGUAAUAGCCGCUGUUUUCAUGCUGGCUGUGAUUGUGGCAUCCUGCUUUUUCAGCAGAAUCAGUAAUUCUGGUGAAUCUGAUGAAAGCUCUGCAGAAGAACUAUUCCAUAUUUCCAUCUAAAAGAUGCUAAGACAGUCUAAAGAAAAUCAUAACUCAAGAAAAAAGGCCAGCAUCAAAUACUGCAAUACAAAGUUUUAUUUUUAUUUUUAUUUUUUUUAUUUGUUUAUAUGUAUCAUGUGUAGGUAUGUGCACAUCUGUUUAUAAGGAUGUCAUAUUUAGAAAUGUAUCUAUAUUCAAACAUACCUGCUUUAUUUUAUAUGAUGCUGUUUAGCAUUUUCAUUUUAUACAAAAUUUCUUAAAGAAAAGAAAAGAAUAGAAAAAUUGGAAUUUCUAAAUUCUAUAGUAUCUAUAGUAUUUUUGUUUUAGAAAUUUGUAUUUUGAUGAACUUAUAUUAUCUUCUGCAAGCAGAAAAACAAACUAGAAUUUAGAAUCUAAAUGUAAAUUGUAUUUGCCGUAUUUUUUUUUAUUUUGUUGUCUGUUUGUUUUCUUAUUUUAUUUGUUGUGUUAUAACAUGUUUGAUCUGAAAUUUUAACACAAGUGACUAUGAAUAUACAAUGAUUUAGCCCAACACCUUAUGUAACAAUACAAAAAGAACUCUAAUUGUGAACACAUGUUGUGAUGAAGUGUCAUGUUUCUGACUAUAGAAUACAUCAUCUAAAUAGCAUUUUAAAAGUUGAUGACUGAAUUUGAUGACUGUCAAGACAAACAUAAAGUUUACUAUUUUAAGUUGG